CCUCUCAUUGCUUAUCCAAUUUAUCAUCCACCAGCACCUGAACCACAAAUGGCGACGGUCACCGCCUCCGCCCUCCGCUCCCCGUCGCUACUCUCUCAGUCCAUCCACAGUCGCUUCCCGAACUCCACGACGUCUCCGGCCGGCCUUCUUUUUCGCAAACACGGCCGCUGAUGCAGUGCCCGGAAGGCAAGAGUCAGGGGAGCAGCAGCGCUUCAUGGAAGUUGAACGCCUUCCCGGAUUGGCCGCUGAUGGCCGUGAUGGUAGAGCACGUGGCGAACCAGAGGGACUACGUUGUGCACAAGUCCAUUUGGCAUCUCAGCGAUGCAACCAUGAAGAACGUCUAUACCAUGUACAUCAUGUUCACCGUCUGGGGUUGCUGUUUCUUUGGAUCCACUAAAGAUCCUUUCUACGAUAGCGAGGGGUACCGCAAAGAUGGAGGAGACGGAUCAGUGCACUGGAUCUACGAAAAGCAAGAAGAUAUUGAAGAAUCUGCAAGAGCAGAGCUAUGGAGAGAGGAGUUGAUUGAGGAAAUUGAACAAAAGGUUGGUGGGCUGAGAGAGCUGGAGGAAGCCAGAAAAGAAGAGGAGCUAGUGAAGUGAAAGGCUGCAAACUUGCUUGAUGAUCACCACCAGGGAUAUCUGUUCAACAUCAUGAACUGAAUUCUGAACAUGAAUUCUUACAUACUUGUUUGAUUCAGAAUAAUGCUUCUAAAUGUAUAGUGAACUUUGAAAUUCUUAUACCGGUUCUCAUGAACUUUGUUGA